AUGUCUCCAAAAAAAAUAAAUAUCACAUAUGAUAAAGGAACAGAAACAUCAUAUACAGGUGAUAAAGGAGCAGAAACACCAAAUUCAAUGCCACUAAUGACGAAGAAUCCAAAUAUAGAUGACGAUAACAUUAACUACGCCAUAAGCGAUGACACCAAGGGUGACGACACUAUUAAGAGUAAGUUACUAUAA